CGUCGUGAGGACUACAGCCACGAUGGGAGUUUUGAUACUCAAUCAAGACAAGUUUUCAGUGGUCUCUUCACCGGAAACUUCUCUCUAAAGGAAGAAAGCAGUCGGUGUCGCGUGCUCACGGCUUGAUCUCGCAUGAUUUACAUGCAGGAUGUCAGUAUUGCUCAAAAGCCGGUAAGAUAGUGCAAAGUGAGUUUGCUUAUGAGAGCUGCCUAUUCAGCACCACACAAAGGGGAUCUACUGAGUUCAGUGGUCUGCUGUCAUUGGGUUUGAAUGUCAUAAAGAAUUUCUACUCUUAAAACGAAAUGGAUCACUUCGCAGCAGAGUGCCUUGUGUCAAUGUCCAGCCAAGCAAUUGUCCACGGUCCAAAAGGGAAUAGGGAGAUCAAGCCCGAAACUGCGUCUGCACAGAGGAAUGGAGAAGAAACCAGGGAGCCUUUGAAAGACAACUCAUCUCUUUUUGUGGUGGCGAGAAUUCUGGCGGAUUUUAAUCAACAGACCCCCACCAAUUUUGCCGAGCAGGCAAAAGUAAAAGAGGAGAGCACACCACCAACAGCAACCCCGACCCGAGAUGAUGGGAACUCUGCCACACCUACCACCAUCACCGGCGACCCUGCUCUUAAACAAAGAAACAAACGAUUUAGGGGGCGAAUUGAACAAGAACCCCCACAGAAAAAGCACAAAUGCCACUAUUCAGGUUGUGAAAAAGUUUAUGGCAAAUCGUCCCAUCUCAAAGCCCACCUAAGGACACAUACAGGAGAGCGCCCCUUUCCUUGCACCUGGACCGACUGCAGUAAGAAGUUUGCUCGCUCUGAUGAGCUGGCACGGCACUAUCGCACCCACACGGGAGAGAAGAAGUUCGGCUGCCCCCUCUGCGACAAGCGAUUCAUGAGGAGCGACCACCUGAUGAAACAUGCACGCCGUCACUCCGACUUCCAGCCGGCCAUGCUGAAGAGGCAGCAUAGCGGUGGCAACGCCACCGUUUCGGGCAGCACGCGCCCCGGCUCCCUCAGCGAUUACAGUCGAUCCGAUGCCUCAAGCCCCACCCUUAGCCCCGCCCUCAGCCCAGCCAACUCGCCUUAACCUGGCCGCACUUUCUGCCCACAGCGCCUGGGUCUCCAGGCUGAUUUUUUUCUUCUCUAUCCAUUGUUUUUCUUUCCCCCCAAAAAAUAACCGGCGUAAUAAGCACCCAUGCUAAACCCCGUCGCUUGCUGUGGUGUACUGUACUGUACAUAACUGCUUCUUGUAGUGCAAUUUUCUUGUGCAACCCCUAAAAGAGAAAAAAACAAAAAAGAAAAUGCCUUUUCCACAUGGCAAUAUUUACAUGAUGUACCAUAUGUCUGUAUUUUUAUAGCUUGUGGCCACCGCCUCUUUCCAUUACGCUUUUUUUUUUUUUUUGCUGAUUCUUUCAUAUACAACCGCUCUGUUCAAGUGAACUAAAAAGUUGAAAGGUUUGACAGGUAAAGAUGUUUCUUUUUUUUCUUUUUUUUAAUUUAAAACGGGUGAGGGAGAGGGGCACACACACACCUCAGGAUUCAGAACAGUUUUUUUUCUCCUUUAAUACUCACAUUGACUGCACAAUACAAGCAUCACUUUACUCCGAAAUUCAACAGAGGUUGAAUUUUGCGCCCUGCUCAGGGAUGGCCUCGUUAGCUUGAAAGAAUGAACAUGAUGAAGAUAAACAUACAUUAAGAAACAGCCUUACACUUGGACAAAAGGAACUUUUGCACUCUUUUUUUUUUUUGAGUUGGUCGGUUUUCACAUCAGGGGAAGUAAAUUCUGGGUUUUGACAGUCAUUCAUACUCUUUAAUGUUUGUAAAUCGUUCUUUUAAAGAGAGUGGCAGAACCACUCACCAGAUACAAAGGGUUAGAGGGUAAUUCUGUCUUGAGACUGGAAAUUACUUCAUUUUCAACAUCUCUAUCUCCCGAUAACCCUGUACUCGCAAAGAGCUGUGCUGUUUCAAAGGGAAUCCUCUCAAUAUAGCAUGAAUGUCGUGAUCAAUCCACUUUUACAUGCUCGAGCCACCCAAUGAAGAGAACAGACAGCACCACUUCUCUCAGUGGACUAAACUAAACUCCCCUUGAAAAUUUGGAGGCUGAAGUUUCAAAGCAGCUGUUUCCUCAAUAAAAACAGCACAAUCAUCAACUUCAGGGUUUUUACUAAAGUACGACACAUUCAAAGGCACUCGUCUGGAUGUGCACCUACUUCAGAUAAAAAAUAAAGACAAAAAAAGCACAUGAGCAGAAUCCACCAAAGACCAAGGUGUGAACGAGAGAACUCUUUUUAGGAAGAGGGAAGGGAGGGAGGGAUGUUGGCAUUCUCUCAGGUAACAUCAGAAGUCCAUCUGCAGAGGCCUUCCACUUAGGAAACUGCAUCAUCCUACACAGGGCUAUUCAUAGCACACUAGCCAGGGAGACGAGAGCAUUACAGUGGAGCUUUACGCACUCUGUCUCGCUCACUCUAGCUGACGAGAAGGAGUGGGCGUAUGAGAGAGAUGGAUGGAGGGCCAAUGUAAAAGUUUAAAAGAAAGAUAUCAGUGUCAUAACCAGGUGCCAUGCAACAAUUAGUAAGGUGAUAGUAAAGGAUUAUUAUACAGCUAUGUGAAUCUGGAAUUUGGGCCAAUGAGAUUGCAAAACAAACGAAAAUCAAAACCAUGGAAUUGACAUGGCUUAUUAAUCAGCCUGGUCUGUCGGUAAUCACAAAAUGGAGAAAUUUUGACAGAAUAAUUGUCCUCGGCUGCAUUUUUCAAAAACCUGGAAAGCCUAAGUAGAUCGUAGAGUCCCCUGGUGCCAAUGAUUUCUAAACUCUAUUUAGGCUUAUUUAUAAGAUACUGUUAUCAUCCGAUACCGAUAAUCUCAAAGUUACCAAAUGAUUAAUCUGACUAAUCGGCCUAGCCAAUAUAUAUUUAUAUAUAUAUUCGCCUGUCGGACACUGUUAUCGCCAGAAUGACCAAUUAUCUGCAGAUUAACUGGCCUUGCUGAUAUAUCAGUCGAUCAGUUAGGACACAGAUAAUACAACAACUCAAUGUGAAUUAGAUUGCCAUAGUGUGUAGGCCAACUCACUUUAUGGUGAGGAGAGCAACAGGCCUCCAUGAGAACAAAGAGUGCUAUCUGCAGGAGGCAGGAAAGAGGGGGUUGACCCAUAGCGAGACAGAUAAAGACUGAAGCUUUAUCUGGAGCUGAGCACUCCAGCAGAAGAAACACCCAGUCAGCUCCCUCUCUCUCUCACACACAAACCUCCCUCCCCUCUGCACUACUCCCCUCUCACCCGCCAACAGCAUCCCACAAUGCAUUGCAGGAGCUUAAAGAGGGAAAAUGGCUUCGUCUGAUUGGAUAGCAUCCAAGCAGCCGGCGGGUGGGGGGUUGUAAUAGAGGAAGUUCAGGCCCAAAUCAUAACGUCUCACCGACAAUGGUCUCAUCUCAAUGAGAUGUUAUCAGUGUUUUUUUCCCCCUCCAGUUCGCCACUGUCGUUUUCUCAGAAGAGAUCAGUCACACUUUCCUUAAAAGACUGUACUUUUCCACAAGCACAGGGAAACAAUCGCACAUCCUUUUUUUUUUUUUUUUUUUUACUGUUACGGAGCACUGAUGCAUCAGUGUGUCCACUCGUUACCUCAAUGAACAGCUGCUUUCAAACUUAACUCAAUAAAAACGGGACUUUAGGCAUUACUCUUCGAUUUGUACAUAUUCAUACAUAUCACUUAAACAGUGAAUUUGCCGUCCUUUGUCGCUUCAGCCUCAGAGGAUGAAGGGACAGCAUGAGAAACUGUCGACCGGGCCUUACUCGCUCAGGCGAAAGGCAUACAAGACCCUCCAGGAACUGAGGCACCACUAUCAAAACUGUUGUGGUGCCGCCUCAUUCACGGUCUCACUUUCCCACGCGCAAUGUUCCAAAAGUGACACUUUAAUAUUCGUUUAGGAACAGUUCUUCAAUUUAUAUUCAUAAGCUCAUUAGUCAAAACCAGCCAUCUUGUCUUGUCUCGUCUCUUGCACGUUUUCCUUGCACACCCUCCAUGCCCAGUGCGGGGAGACCAGCAUCAGAGCCACCCAGCUGGACGAGCGCUCCGGGGUUUGAGGAGCAGGUGGGGAGGCCUGUGAAUGCCAGGCCUUGUCCCCCCUUUAUCCUUCCUAACAGUCCCCCAUCCCCCUCCCAGGGCCUCUCUCAUAGCCUGAAAAAGAAGAAAAAAAACAUAAUCACGGCUUUCAGCUAAAGAAAACAGCCCUAAUCAAAAUAAACAGUGCCACGGCGGCAUUAUUUCUGCAAUAAACCCACCCGUAAAGCCGUCUAGCUGGGGUUGCACACUCCCCUUUCAGAUGCGACGUCAACCAUCGCCAUUGCGACUUUGCCAACUUUAGCGUAUUUCUCGUCCAGAAUUUCACAUCAGCUUUACUUCCAAAGAAAGCUGGCCACAUAUGUUCACUGUGUGGAAGAAUCUUUACUCAUUUGUAGACAUUUUACAUUAGAAUCUGUUCAGCCGCCCUUUGUAUCUGCAAAUUCCCCCAACUGCUGGUUAGGAGAGGGUAUUUCAGGGAAUACAAGGGCGGAAUAAGACCAACCUCCUCUUCAUUAGUACUUCUCAAACCUGGUAAAACAUGUUGGGUAUCGUUCAGUGAACCUCGAAAACCUGAAACCAACAGAAGUCUCUCGCAUUUGGGUACUGAUUAGAUAGAGUAUACAUGACUAAGUAUAUAUUUUUUUUUCCUUACAAUACUUACUGAAAUGAAUAUUUUCUCAAUGGAAAUCCAGUCAGCCCGGGUUAGUGUGGAUUACAUGUAAAACCGAACACGUGUGCUUAUGUUUCUGUAUUUUUCACUGUACCGAUACUACUUGAAUGCGAAGCAAGACCAUUGAACACAGGUGGAAACAAGUCAAACUGUACCUGCUAAGUUUCUCGGCUUACAACCCAUGGAUGUACUCAUUUCCCUUUAUUUGUUAUAUUUCUGCAUUGUGGUGUAAUUUUUUUUCUGAUUUUCUUUGUGUUCAGAUCUUAGCUGUUAUUAUCAUAAUUAUUAUUAUUAUUAUUACUGAUAUUUCUUGCAAAGUUUGUUAGUGUUUCAUAAGGCUUUCUUUUCGGUCUGUUGCAACGAUGCUAGUAAAUUUGGACACUGAAAGCUCUUUGUCAGGAUAUAGAUGUAUAACCACCAAAUUCAGAAACAUGGACGGUAAAAGGUGGUUUUAGUUGGAAAAAAAAGGGAAAUAUCUUGACUUCUCAAAAGCAUUGCGUGAGACUGAGUGCGAUUCGCACAAUCAAGUUCGAUAUCGCAUUACCAUAGAGACCACAGCAUUGUGAGUAGAUAGUCACUUUCAUGUUUUAUUGUUUUCUUUGUUAUUUAACGUUAGAAUUCCACCUAUGUGUUAAUUUUUUUUUCUGUCAUGUAUUUUUUCAAUCUCAUACCUCUAAAAAAUCAAGAAGGUUAUGAAAAUGAUUUUUUUUUUUGUUGAUGGGGUGGGGUAGGGGAAUUCAUAUCUGAAAGAAUUGUAAAUUUAAAACAAUAUUUUUGAUGAAUUAUCAGGGUCUUAUGAGCCACAGAGCAUCAUAUUGUAAGCGAAUCAUCUUUCGUGAAACUAAUUUUACCAGUGGAUUGCAUAAACCCACACUCCCGACGAUUUGUUUUGUAUAAGGCUAUUUGUUCACAACAUCCAAUAAUGAUAAUCCUACAUUGUACAAACUGCUUGUUAGUUCAAUAAAACGUGCCAAAGGCAUUAGAAGGGUGAUUUUAUUUGAUCAUAUACAGUGAUAGUCAAGAUAAAUACGACCUUGUACAGUUUUCUAUGAGCGAUGUACGUUUUUAUGUGUAUGUAGCGGGGUGAAUGAUGUUUUUAGAGUUCUAAUUUUGCCGUGAUCUCGAUGUAGUUUUUGUUUCCUUUAGUUGCUUUUCUUCAUUUGUCAUUGUUGUACAGAACAAAUGCACAUACUAGUAAAAGUGAAAACUCGGAUAUUAACCUGUCCACCAUCCUACGUGAAAGCUCUACCAUUCCAAAGGAUUGCAAUUACAUUUGCUAUAAAUAUGCUGCUUAUAUCCAACCAAUGCAUCAAAGCUUAAUUUCUUUAUGUAUUUAUUUUGCAAUUACUCUUUUUGACUGUGAUAUAUGUAUUACAUGACUUUUGUUACUAUAGUUCAAUUUGGUACUGUGUUCCUCUUUGCUGUCCUUCUGACGUUUAUUUGUCUGUAAACUUGCUUCAUACUCUCUGUACCUAAAGAAACAGCCAUGUUCUGAUACAUUAAACAGAACCCUUGACCCUUUCAGAAUAGAGAACAGACAAGAUGGCAAGAAGUGUGCAGUUAUCAGUUCCAAUAUUGUCUUCCCAUGCAAAAUAAGGUCAGUUUGAAUAACUGAUGUUCUCAGUGCUGAAGGAGGGUUUACUUUAAAGAGCUGUAGGAUGCGAUUGCCAAGGAUGCUGUAGUGCCACGACAAGUAAUUUCGCCCUCGCUUUUGGCAUUGGGUGCAUUGGAAGUCUCUCAUUGAAUUAUUGUUUUAAAGACGUUACCAAAGGCUUCAGGAUCGAAAUAAUGAAUGUUCAUGUUAGUUGGGAAGUUUCAGAAGAAUUUUUUUUUUUUUUGCUGAAAGAUUCUCAUGCACCCUGAACUCAUUUUUAGUGGAAUCAAUCAAACUAGGCUGUUUUCAAUAUGGAUAUGCAAAAUCGAUUUGGUUAACCGUUAUUUACACAUUCUAAGCCAUUGGAAAGGCUUUUUUGAUUUAAUAUAGUCCCAAGGUACCUGGGAAUAAAUCCACAUACAUUGUCUUUAUAGUCCCACGGUGCAGUCAAAGAUCUCGUACUGGUGAAAGUUACACUGUGUUUUUGCAGUUAGAUGUUUCUCCAAAGAACCUAUGGAUGUUUAAAUGCCAUUCAGUGAUUGUGUAUCCAGGUUUAACAAAGCUUCAGACAUUGACACGCUUCAGGAAUCACUUUAGAAAUGGAUAUUUACAAUGUCAUGGGCUGAAAAGUUUAGGUCUGGGUGGUAACCUCUAAUGGUUGAUGUGGAUUGAAGUCUUAGCCGUGGCUUGGUUUCGACUGUUGUUUAUGUUUUGUCUCUUGCUCCGCUCAGGAGACACUAACUGCUUUUGAGGGCUGUGGUCAUUUCUGUUAGUCUGGUCGUCUGCCAAAUCGUGUGGUUGGGUUCGCACAACCUCACGCCUGUAAAAAGCAACCCAUUUGUCUCUGAACCCCAGGUGUGGUGACCUAACUCCCCUAAUUUAGGGAGAAUCACGCAGACGACCCCCAACCGAACAGCGAAACUCAUUUCAAAUUGAUACGCCGACAUUUCCCAUAUGAUUAAACCCCGGUCUGAAAAUAAGACACUGUGAAAGAGCCAUCCGAAAGACUUUCUCUCCGACACCUGUGAAAUCAUGUGUUCUUUGUUCCGGAUACGGGAACAAAAUAAUUUCAAAUUCCUCCCUCUUCAUACAUACCAGUUUAGCACGUUGUGUGCUAACACUCUCCUAUUGUAGAGAUCUCAAUAAAUGUUGUAUAUUGAAUCGUAAUGAGGCACUAGCGGCCUCAUGCUGUCCUGUAGACGUUCGCCGCGUGAACUCGACUUGCCUUCCUAAUGUACGUAUUCGUCUGUAUUUUAACAAUCUCUUUUAACGACACCGUGUGAUGCCUGCUCCAGUGACUACAUUGCGCUGGGUUUCUAUUUCCCAGCACCUCUGUACUUUGUACAAUAGCUCUUCUUUAGCAAUGGCCAGUUCUGUUCUCCAUAACCUCAUUCAAGACGACUGCCGCAUAAUGAAACUAUUUUUGAUUUUAUUUUGAUUUGCAAUCAACCAAAUCACUACAGUGAAGUAUUACAGUUGUACAGUUCCUUGAAUUAUUCAGAUUAUAUUAUUGUUGCUGGUCUAUGGUUGCUCUGCUGUAUCUUUUUAUGACCUACUUUUUUUUUUUUUUUUACAUGUUAGACAAUAUUGUGACUAUGUCCUAUGCAAAUAUGAGAAUUAACAAGAAUUUGUCAAAUAAUGUAUGUUGUCUGUCUUAACUUGUAUGCAUGAAAUAGUGAAGUUUACAUUUGAGAAUAAAUUCAUAAAUAAGAAGCAUUA